UUGGGUUUCGGUCACUUCCGGGUUCUCGAUUUCCCAUGAGCCCAUGUCACACCGCGCUAAUAGCAACAUCUCGCGAUAUUCCGGCCUCUUCCCUGGCCGUCGUUGACUGAGACCCAGGCCAUGUUCAGUACCAGUGCGAAAAUCGUAAAGCCCAAUGGCGAGAAGCCAGACGAGUUCGAGUCUGGCAUCUCCCAGGCGCUCCUGGAGUUGGAGAUGAAUUCGGAUCUGAAGGCUCAGCUGAGAGAGCUCAAUAUCACUGCUGCAAAGGAAAUUGAAGUUGCUGGCAACAGGAAAGCAAUCAUCAUCUUCGUGCCGGUGCCCCAGCUGAAGUCGUUCCAGAAGAUCCAGGUGCGGCUUGUGCGAGAGCUGGAGAAGAAAUUCAGCGGUAAACAUGUGGUCUUUAUCGCACAGGUACGGCCAGCUCCAUCUCCAUGUCCUCUUCUUGUGCUACUAGCAUGGUCUCUGUUCAGUGGCAGGAGUAUGGGGGCCUCUGCUGGUGUGCUUCAGCUAUGGUGUCUGAACUGUGCACUCAGUAUAAAUUUUGUAGUCUCUGAAACGUGACCAUUAUAUGGUCUA